AUGAAGGCCACGGUCUUUGCGCUGUUCACCACAGCGUCACUGCUCGCGCCUGCGGCCCAUGCUUUUGGGCCCCGCGGCAGUGCUGAGCGUUCCAUCUUCUUCGCUGACUACAUGGCGGAGGAGAUUUUUACAAACGCGGCCGACCGCAGGAUUGCCACUGGCUGCCAAGGAACCCGUACCGGCUUGCGAGGCCAGCGGGGCCGUUGCAACCUCAUCGAGUUCUUACACCACAUCCGCGAUGAGGGCCGGGACGGCAGAAUCCAGUGGCCUAACGAUGUUCGAGUUGGGGACCGCUCAAUCAACGAAGCCCUCGUCAAGUACUUUCCUGCCAACUGGAACCAGCCUCAGGGCACGAUCUUUGAGGGGGACUGGGGCGGCUUCGACAGGGACAUGACUCCGAUGGAAAAGGCGAACUGGAUCACCAACGCAAUCGAGGGGGCAGCGCUGGACAACAGGGCUCUGGCGGUCAUCUGGAGGAAGCCCGCCGCAGGCAACAUCAUGACGGCCGAGUGGGAGGCGCGUAAUCCGGGAGUCACGGACGCCACGAUCGGGGGCCCGGGUGUGACCAACGGCGUCGGACAGCGGAGGGGCGCCGCCGGGCCCUUUGUCGAGGCGGACCGCUCCAGGAACGCGCCCAGGCACCUGUUCAACUACAACUACAACAUCGCCAACCUGUGUACGGGCUGCACCGACUACGACCAGGUCGUCGACAGGUGGGCCACCGACCACCGGCAGCGCAUCCACAACGAGAUCUCGGCCCAGAUGCAGGACGGCAGGCCGCUGGCCAACAACCCGGCUCUCAGAGACAAGUUUGUCCUGUGGUCCAAGACGGCCGUCAGUGGCUUCGACGUCGUGCUCGACUACCGCAUGUCGUCGCUCGCCAGCGCGAUGUUGAACGGCGCCCCCGGCAACCCUGGGACCACCCCGCUACAGCAAUACUGGACGGCCAAGGGCGGCGCCGACGUGAAAUCCGAGAUGGUGACCGGCAAGUCGGGCCUCCAGUGGUUGGAGCCCUCGAUCGGUGCCACCGUGGACGAGGCACUGGCCCAGGGCAAGUUUGGCGGCGACGAGAGUCAGGCCAUGAAGGCCUGGCUUGAAGCGUGGGAUGAUUACUAUACCCAGGCCCCCGUUAUUCAGCACUCGGAUGUCCUGGACAAGUGGCAGAACGGCAAGAACCAGGCCGCGCAAGCUUGUCCCCUAUGAAGGGACGGUUUUUUGAUAGAAGCCGCCUUGGCCGUGAGUACACCUCACAGGGUACCAUUCUUUUCCUUUGUAUAGUCGGAGGAGCGUCAAAGUUGACUGCGUCAGGAUUGUCGUCGAACAUAGUCCCUAGAUGAACAUAGUUAUAUAUUGCGGGUGGAGACAGGUUGGUUCUGGUGCGCCUCCUUGGUCGGAACCACGAACGGUGCGCACCGCGCAAACUGGCUCCCUGAAAGCUGCAUUCACAAGAGACCUUCUUCUGCUCAAAUCUCCCACUCCAACUUGUGGGGCCUCGGCUGUGGUAUUGAUAUCGAUGAGGGGGACCACACUCAUUGAGGCACCAGCAUCCGGCCCGAGGUUAGGUUGACCGGCUGCUUCCGCCGGGUCGGUCCUUUCAUGCAUCUAUAUGCCCACGAUUCGAGAGACCCUUUCUCUAAGAUGCCUGUGGGACAGGAAAUGG